AGGUUCUGAUCCCUAUAGGUGGGAUUUCAUGGUAUGCGAUGAGGCACACAGGUUAAAAAAUGUCAAGACACAAACCUACAAAGUUUCUUCAUCGAUCCAAGUCCGUUUUCGUAUUCUCCUGACCGGCACUCCCAUUCAAAAUAAUCUGAAGGAGCUUUGGAGUCUGCUGUCUCUCAUCUCUGAAACAUGCCUAGUGGGAACAAGCAAAACAUUCAGUAAGAACCUUGAGAAGCCAAUAACCAGAGCCAGAGAAGCUGAUGCAGAGGCCAGUGAGAGAGCCAAGGCAGAGGAACUGAUUGGUUGCCUCAAGGAGAAAAUAAAACUAGUGUGGCUGAGACGUACCAAAGAACAGUUGCCCAAGUUGCCGGGCAAACGUGAGCUUGUACUGUGGACGAGGCUUAGUCCUGAACAGGAGGCGGCGUACCGUCACCAAAUUUCAGUCAAUCAGGAAAAUAAUGUCACCAACAACUUCACACUUUUACACAAAUUGUGUGAGAUUUGCAGUCAGCCAGCCAAGUCACAUGGAAGAUCUGUGAAUUCAGCUGAGGCUUUGAUUGCAAGCUCUGGAAAGCUUGCCAUAUUGAUCCCUCUGCUGAAGGCUUUGUCCUCUGAAGGACAUAAGACUUUGGUGUUCUUUCAGUAUGUUGAAACCCUUAAGAUUGUGUUCCACACUCUUUCAAAAACAGAAUGGGGGCGCAGAGAUGUUCUAUUCAUGGAUGGGACUGUAGAUGCAGCAGUCAGGCCAUCACUACUCAGAUCGUUCCAGACGGGGUCUAGGAGCAUCCUUUUAGUCACAUUGAAAGUCGCAGCUGAAGGCCUCACCCUUACAGCAGCUGAUCGGGUCAUCCUAAUGGAGCCCUCAUGGAACCAGUCAACAGAUGCACAAGCCGUAGACCGAGCACAUAGAAUUGGACAGAAGAGAGAGGUGGAAGUGUAUCGUUUCAUCACCUGUGGGACGAUUGAAGAGAAAAUAUACCGCAGGCAGUUGUUCAAAGAUUCACUUGUUCGGCAGGUGGUAGGAGAUGACCAGAACCCUUAUAGGUACUUCACUCAUUCAGAGCUGAUGGAUCUGAGCACUCUCGGAGACACUCAGCAAUCUUCCACUCAGCUACAGCUUGAGCGUCAGCACGGCACACACCUCAGUGCUGUAGAGAUCUUUGGCAGGGAGAUAGAGGAGCAGGUCUCUCUUAGCCUGUGUGGGAUAUCUGAUCACGGGAAGCUCCUAAAAGCAAAUCAAGAUGAUGACCUGGAGGCAGAGAUGGAAAAACUACACAUUGCUGAAGAUGUUCAGAAAUGUAAGGAGGAGAUUGAGGAUGAGGUCCAUGUCAGAUGUAGAACAGACACGGAGAACAAAUCUGGACGUGACACAAACCUACGAAAAUCACUGGCUGUGCACCUAAAAGAAAAGGCGAAGGACUCAAAUUGGGCAUAUUACCAGAACAAACAAAAAGAGUUUCUUCGUAGAAAAACAGCUCCAGGGUUGCCUCCAAGAUACAAAUCUUUCUCUUUCUCGCCAUUUUCUGGUUCAAGACGGAGAGAAAAGAGCAGACAGCUUCAGCGCGAUUCAGAAGAAGAAUCUGUCCUCUUUUCAAAGGACAAAACAUCAUGUGGUAUUGAAAGCAUUUCAGAUGAUGUGUCUCCUGAAAGGCAAAGAGAUGCCACUGCAACUGAGAACAACACUUUGGAGAUCUCUUUGUCAAAGGACAUCAGUCAACACGGCCUCACACCAGACACUGCAGAUCUACACUCUCAAGAGAAGAACUCUUUUGACAUCAGAAUAGGAAAUAUUGGUGUCAUCAAGCUCCACUGCUCAACCCUCAAAUCUAUCACUGGAACAGAUUCUCACUUUCCUUUAAAGAGUCAAUCACCAGAUCAAAGCAAACACCUCAGUGUUCUUCAGACUCCUAUAUCAAAGCCCCAUGUGAACAAGUCUAGUUUAUCUGACAAUAGCAGUCACCACAGCCUGUCAAGAGACUCUGUUCAUGAAGACAGCCAGUGCCCUCUGAAUGAGACACGUGCAGAAGCCAGUCCAGAUGAAAGUGAUGGCAGUGCAGAUCGUAAUUAUCUUCAGACUCUAACGAUAUCAAGAACUCUUGCGCAAAAUUUUCAUACAUUUAUCUUUUCAGACAUCCAUCAGCACAUGUCUGCACAAAAUAACAGGGAUGAAAGUAGUGAAGUGCAUUCUGAUGACACAGAUGGACAGCUGUCAAGUGAUGACCGUGCAGAUCGUAGUGUUGUUGGGACCCCUCAAAACAUUCAUACUUUCAGCUUUUUAGACAUCCAACAACACACAUCUGCACAGAUUAACUGGGAUAAAGGGAGCAAUUCACAUUCUGAAGGUGACACAGGUGGAGAGAUUACAGACAUGGAGUUGUCUGCAAAUGAUAAAAGUGACAACAGUGGAAUUGUCACCCAAAAGACUCCUACAAAGCAAAAUCUAUCAAAGAGCUCUGAUAUGAGAACUACUAUUUUAAACACUGUCCCUGCCGCUAAUUCCUAUGAUCCUCAAACACAAAAGGAUAAACUGGGAAGCCGUACCUCCUACAGUGUCUCAAGUUUCGAUGAUGUCCAUUCAACACUCAACUCUAAAGCACGAAGCAAAGACACAGGGUCAAAUUUUUCUUUCUUUGUAGACCUCUCUUUAAAUGCCAAUGGUUCACUGUUUUUAUGUCCAGAAAACACGUCAACACCAGUCACAAGUCACAACAGGUGGCCACAAAGUCAACUCAAAAGUCCUUCCCGAAAUAUUGAAUCGCCGUUUCUGAACAAGACAGCCUUUACCACCAUUACACCUCAAACUUGGAAAACAGCAGAGUCCAUCGCUGCAAGUCCAGUCAGUAAUCCUAAAUGCCCCCAAGAAGAGAAGACUACGAGAGAUAACCCACCUAGUGAAUGUCACGGUACAGUGGAUGUACUUACUGAGAGCAUUUCUGACUGUGUGUCUGAAAACUGUGAAACUGCCACAGACAGAGAAGCAUCUUGGUGCUUGGCUACAUCGAAUAGCAGCCUUCCAAACAGUCUUACAGUGGACCCUGCUGAUGAAGGUGAUGAUGCUGAUGAUCACGUGGAUAGUUCAGAUUCCCUCUUAAACGAUGUUACAUGUUUAUCCCCUCCACAGAAAAGUCAUGAUACACACCUGCAAGCAGACCGUUUACAUGCUGAGAACAUUUCUGACAAAGUCUCUGAAAACUGUGAAACGACCACUGACUGUGAAGCAUCUUGUGCAUCAGACAGUAGCAUUCCAACCAGUCUUACAGUGGACUCUGCUGCCGAAGGUGAUAAGGAGGAGGAAGUGAACAGUCCCGAUUACCUCUUAAAUGAUGUUACACCUUUAUCCUCACAGAAAAGCCAUGAAGCCCAACUGCACGCGGGCAGUUUACAUGUCAUAUUUAAUUAUGAAAGAAAAAGCUGUGCUCUAGUCUCUACUGAGGAGAGGAGUCAUAUAAACUGCAGUGUGACACUGAGCAGCACCAAAGUCUAUAGAGGUCUCCAAGGUCCUCUCCCUUUCUCAAGCCCCACAUCCAUGCCAGACAAGCAAAAAACUUCAAUUCAUGACACUUUUGCUAACGACCCAUCUCCUAACCAGAAGCGGUCAAAGUCAAACCAUCAAACCAUCAGAGUCAAACCAUUUGUCAAACCAUUCUCAACUCGCUCAUCCUCUGUUCGCCUUCAAUACAGUCACUCAUGCACUCCUGCAGGAAGCAUGUGGCCCCCCGGGUCAGCUUUGAUGUCCGGAAGAAGUCCUGGCUUCAAGUACUCAUUCUCACACAUUCAGCCCCCAAGACAGCUGAAAGACUUUUCCCACAUCCUUGACUUGUCCUCAGAAUUCCCACGACUACCCAUUUGUGAUCGCUCACUCACUCAUAGAUCGUUCAGAGACUUACAAAAUUCAGCUGGCGUUCUUUCAGAGAAGUCCUCUAAGGUUGCUAACGUUUCUGAAGACUCUGGAACAGUUAGAGACCAUGCAGGGUCUUUUGUACCCGGCAGCAGGACUCCAAACAGUCUUAAAAUUUACGUCAAUGACUGUGAUGAUAAUAGCAGUGAAGCUUAUCCUGGCCUUACACUUGCCUCAGCAAAACUGGACUUAAUAAAAAGUGAUGACAGCGACAGGUCGCAGAUGUCCACCGCAAAGAAAAGCCUGAUGACUGAUACUAUACAUUAUUCAGCUCCUUCUGACAACAAGAAUGACGAUUGUAAAGAUGCAGCACAUGGCUUUUCAAAUAAUGGUUCUUGUGAAGUCGAUCUGUACCUCUCAGAAUUAGAGAAUCUUGAGGAGAUCAGAGAGCAGAGUUGCUUGUCCUCUGACCAGCAGGAUAGAUUUCCAGACGGUAGAUCUGGCUUAAUUUUUACUGAAAACGUAGACGGAUUUGCCACAAACGGAUCUAGAGAUGAUCUGAUGAAAUCUGCCUCAUUGGCUUCCACUAACGAAUCUCCAGAGUUCAAUACAGCUGUCCCUCAAGAAAACACAGAUUGUCCAUCAAUCCAGACCCCUCAGCGGCAAUCAUCACCAUACCCACCACUGAGCCCCUUGGCAUGUGGAUCUAAGUCUAAGUCACAGGAUGGUUCCGACUGUGCGGCUAUAACAUUGCAUUCAGGGGUAGUGCAGCUAGUUUCAGGCGAAUGCCCUGUGAGUGAUCAGAAAGAUGCAUUAGUACAGACACCGGGGAGGGAAUGUCUUCGUUUACUUAAGAAAUUGAAAGAUUUGUAACUUGUUACGUUCUUUGAUUUUUGGUUUUGGUUGCUUUGUGUUUGUUUUUUUGGUAUGUGUGUUUUAUAUCAAUUAUCGUUCAACACAUUGAAUACCAGCUGUGCUUAUUGAAUUACAUGUACAGUGUUUUUGGUGGAAUACCGGCGUUCUAAACUCGUUCUCUUUUGACGUUUUUUUUUUUUUAGUCACCGCAUAUUAUGCGAUGGGGCCACUGAAACAUGUUAUGGCUCAUUUGAAAGUGGGGACUUCACCCUCUUAAUGGGUGAAACCUGUGUGUCUCUACAAGCUUUUAUCAUCAAACAAACCUAACUUAAAUCGAGGCAGUUAUCCACCGAAUUCUCGAAGAAACGUUUUUGUGAAACAUGCUCUGUCCCAUUUUCUGAAACUUCAAUUAAAAAAU